GUUAAUUCGCCAUUUACAAAGUAGCGCUCUAGCUAUAUUCUAACUAUACUUUAGCUAUAAUUGGAUUCCCGUUGCUGAUCCAGAGCCCCAUUUUCCUACUGAUUUCGUAGCCUUCUCCUUUUCAUUCGGUGCCGUGUCGCCUGUGCCGUCAACUGGCACCCAAUGACUUUGUCGAGGCGACCGGGGAUAUGCAACAUCAUGCUUCCGACCAAACGUUGCUACCCCACCGAGACGUGGCACGAUUCCAGCUGUACAAUGAAAAUGGCCUAUGUUUCCAACGGCAGAAAUGUACAGAAAGGAGAAGGCCUUACCGUACAUGAAUUUGCUCCAGUGCGGAUUAUCCUAGACUCAUGCGUGCUGCGCUGCUUCUGCAGCUUCGAGUCAAAUUGCAAGGUGAGUGGCUGCCACUGAGCUUCACAUCUGCCGCCUCGUCUCAUCGUGCAUAUAGCCAUAUAAUGGUACCUUUUCCCUUCUGUCUUGCAGAGCAUAACCUUCUCUCACUUGCGCUUCUCUACCUUCUCUCACUUGCGCUUCUCUACCUUCAUCAUUCCCUCUUUACAUCUCUCUCAAGCACAAAAACCCCUCACCGCAUCAAUGAUUCCCACCAUUGAAGUCUCCCACCUCCCCUCCUCCUCCUCCUUCUACGCCGCCGUCACUCAACCCCUCGGCAUCCACUUCCUCUGCGCCUCCCCCUCCUCCCCUCACUCCCUCCACUUCGGCAUCCCCGCCCAACCCUCCGAAAUCCUCUUCACCCUCACCGAAUCCCACUCCCCCCGCCCCUCAACCCUCACCCUCACCGCAUCCAACUUCACCCAGGUCGCCAACUUCCACGCCCUCGCCCUCGAAUCAAACACCCUCCACUCCACAAAUCUCAUCCAGCACUCCGCCGACACCGCCGUCGCAAAAACAACGGACCACGACGGCAACAUGCUCGAAGUCUGCUACGCUCGCAGCCCGCUCCGCCGCGGCUCCGUUCACGCGGCACCGACUACUAUCACCACCGCAUCCACCGCCAAGGAGGCCCGCAGAGUCCUAGACUGGCAGCGCGACGUCGCCCGCUCCAUCUCCUCCCACCCCCCCACUCAAAGCCGCGUCGGAAGCCCCCAGCGCGCCAUGGUCCUAGCACAGCCCGCGCAGCAGGAGCCUGCCCCAUCCCAGGUGGCCCCCUCACCAGAGCCAGACUCCCGCCCUGCUCUCCUCAGAAGCGCAACGAUGACAGCAAUGUACAAUGAAGUCUCCGCCGCCCUCCCCGAGCGUAUUGGAGAAGGCCUCUCCGCACAGGCUAUCAUCGGCACCAUCCUCGGCGCUGCAGCUGGCGCCGCGGUGGCCUACGCAAUGGUUCGCAGCGAGGAGCCAGAGCAACCGCGCCCACAGCUCGUGACGUACUUCUCGGCCCCCGCUCCGCAGGUUCCGCAGCAGGCGCCCGUUAUGGAGGUAGCGCGCUCCAAGGGGCCGUCGGUGGGUGGGUCGAGGGUGGGGAGUGAGAGGAGCCUGGGGGGACAGCGGUAUGUGCUUCGCUAUAAUGUUGCGAGCGCUGCUGGCACCGGGCGUGGGGGUGGGAGAGAGGGCGUGCUCCAGCCGGUGGAUGAGAGAAGGAGUAUGAGUUACUCCGCGUACGAUGGCGGAAGGAGUCAAGCGCCCGCGCCUAGCCAUGCAUCGACGGCGAAACAGUCGCGUUAUAGCGAGAGGGGCGUUGGGCAUGGGAAGCCUGUUGCGGUUGUUAGUGCGUCCGGGCAUUCUGAGGCUGGGAGGCACUCUGAAUCCGGACGCAGUCACGCGAGCAGGAAGAGCGAUUCGACUAUCAAGCCUGCGCGCACGAGCUCGAAAGCCAGAACGGAGCGCCACGGAGGCCAGACGGUGGUGAGCAUGAAGAGUGACCGCAAGAGCACGACGGUCAGCGAGCGGGCGCGACGAGUCCCGCUCCCGGAGAGCGCGGUGGGGAAUAUGGCGCCGAGUGAGCAGGCGCGCAGAGUGCCGCUGCCAGAGAGCGUGGCGGGGAGCGUGGCGCCAAGUGAUAGUAUUAGUAAUAUUGGGAUGAGGAGCCACUACAGUAGGCGGAACGUGUAUUGAUCCUCGGGGAUAUAGGCAGGGACAGCAGAUUUUUUUGACAGGACUUUUGGACGACAGAACAGCACAUAUCAGGAGGGGACGGACGGGACUCACGAUCUCACGACGGGAGUGGGGUGGGAUGGGAUGGGCGUUUGCGUGAUAAUAACAAGGGAUGCGAAUUCGAAUCUACUUCAACAUUUCCGAUUCUCCAUUGGCAUUUUUUUCUUUUGUUUGACGAGAGGUGGUGCGGUGUGGCUUUUGAGCUUUGGUGGUUGUGUUUGUUAUAGGAGUAGAUUUGUCUAAAAGACUAAUAUUUCUAACUCGUU